CUUUCACUCAAGUGACAACCAUGGCUUAGUCUCUCUGUCAAAACUGACACUUGUAUUUCUACAAAGCAAGAAAAAACAGAAAGUAAGCCGAAGAAACUGAACAUCCAGAAGUAAGUGACUUUGCUUACAAAGAAACCUGAAGAUCUGAAAGUGUGGACGUCGCGGCUUAUCCUCUAGACGUUCUAAGAGUAUUUUGAACCAUGUACGCCGCCGUAAAGCCCCUCUCCAAGUACCUUCGCCUGAAGACUGUGCGCAUCUACGACCCCAUUUUCACCCUCCACUCCAAGUGCACCAUCGUCAUACUCUUGACUUGCACCUUCCUGUUGUCAGCCAAGCAAUAUUUCGGAGAACCGAUCCUCUGCAUCAGCUCUGAAAAGCACAUAGAGUACGUGCAGUCUUACUGCUGGACCAUGGGCACCUAUAUCCUGCCCACGGAUGCGGAUGCCGACAGUAGCGGCACUUGGGACAUAUCCUCCUAUUCCCACGCCACCGCCGAGGCCUUCAACCUGACCAGCCUCCGGGCUCUGGUGGCCAACAAUGAGCAGUAUGCCCGGGUGAUAUCCAUUGCCGAGGGCGUUGGCCCCGAGACCAGAGGCGUCACCAAGCGGAUGUACCUUCGCUACUACCAGUGGGUCUUCAUGAUCCUCCUCUUCCAAUCCCUAUUGUUCUACUUUCCAUCGUAUUUGUGGAAAGUCUGGGAAGGUCAAAGGAUGGAGCAGCUGUGCUGCGAGGUGGGCGACGCCCUCAUCCUGGAGGACACCUACCGCACGAGGCUCCAGAUGCUGACCAAGUAUUUCCGGGCCCCGUUUUCUCCGAUACAUUGCUGCUAUUCGCUUAAGUAUGCCUUCUGUGAGCUCCUCAAUUUGCUAAUCAGUAUCCUCAACUUCUGGUUAAUGGAUGUGGUUUUCAAUGGCUUCUGGCGGAAGUACAUCCACGCUUUGGCUGCCAUACCAGUUUACGACUGGAACCUGUGGAAUCUGAUGACAUCCCGGGUUUUUCCCAAAGUGGCCAAGUGUGAAAUGUUCAUUUACGGACCGAGUGGCACUCCGAACGUUCUCGACAUCCUGUGUGUCCUGCCAUUGAAUAUUCUGAACGAGAAAAUAUUCGCCGUACUGUACAUUUGGUUUCUGUUUAUUGCCAUGUUGGCUGGAAUUAAUAUUGUUUAUCGUUUGGUUUUGUUCUGUUGCUCCGAACUGCGGCUGCAGUUGCUCCGGACACAUUUGAGGGGCAUGCCCAAGUCGCAUGUGCGUGAGGUCCUUUCCAGCGCAGGCUACGGCGACUGGUUCGUCCUUAUGUGCGUCAGCAUCAACGUGAAUCCCUCGCUGUUCAGGGAGCUCCUGGAACAGCUCUACACCGAGCACAAGCAGUCCCGCUCCCUGGAACGCCGCCCGGCGAACCCCCCACCCAACUCCCAGGCCAAGGCGGAGCGGACUCCCAGCAAUAAUCGCAGCACCAUCGGCAACGAUCCCCUGGCCAACGACCAUCAUUCCAUCGGAACGGUCAGCAAUCGACUUCAGGAGGGGCUCCUGCCCACGGCUCCGACCCUGAACCUGAUGGCUCCCAACGACGAGAUCAUCAGUAUGGAUCGAUUCUUCCACGAGAGUGAGGCCUAAGCCCGGCUCACUUCUUUUGGGUUGUUUCAUAUUUGUUUUUUAAAUAUUUUUUUAAUAAAUGAAGUU